GCUCGAAGCCGCCGCGCUGCAGGACAUGAGGCAGCAUCUGGACGUGUUCGCGGUGGGUCCGAUGGUCCCUCUCCUCCAACAAGCGGGCGCGGGGGCAGAGGAUCGAAUCCAUCUCCAUCUCCAUCUCUGCGAGCAAGAUCACAAGGCACAGGUCAGGUCGAGGAGAUGCUGCGUGUCCUUGUGGGUGGGUGGUGCCAAGAGAGUUAUUUGAGGAAUGAUGGGAAGAAGACGGCAUCCAUGUUCCAAAAAGAGCGUGGUGCCAAGGGAGAAAACUGCUUCAUGCAUACUGAAUUCGACUAGGCAUAUGGGGUUUCUUUUUCAGUCACAUUCCACGUGGAUUUUAAUAUCUUGGAUACUGUAAAACAUGUAUCUAGAAUCAGAUGGCAGUUUUUAAAUUAUCCAUGAAAAUAUCCAUAUUCCACCUAACUAUUAGUGGGCCCCAACAUUGGGCCCAGGCCUGCUAAACUUGGGGAAAAAAACUUAGGACGGCCUAAUGGACCAGAACGUGGGCUUUAGGCCUGUAGGUUAGUUUCCAGCAGACCAGUGGACCAGAUGGACUUCGACCCAGUCUUCUACGACGACGGCGGUAGCGCCGCCGCCUCUCCCGGCCGCUCCAUCUGCCACGCCGGCUGCGGCCGCCCGUCCCGCGUAUGCCUCUGUCCACACCUGCCCCCCUCCCCGAUCCCCACCUCCACCACCGUCGUCAUCCUCCACCACCCGCACGCCCUCCGCCGCAACCCGCUCUCCACGCUGCCACUCCUCGAGCGCUCCCUCUCCAACCUCCACCUCCUCCCUGGCCGCCGCCUCCUCCCCUCCUCCACCCCUCUCCUUCCACCUCCUUCUCCGAACCCCGUCCUCCUGCUCUACCCUUCACCCGGCGCCGCUGACCUGGCCUCCUGGUGCCGAUCCACGCCGCCCUCCGCGCGCGCUAGCCCCACCCUCCUCCUCAUCGACGGCACAUGGAGGCAGGCCAAGGAGAUGCACGCGGCCAGCCUCCCGUUCCUGUCAUCGUUGGGCGUGAUCCCAGUCGCCCUGCCCGUCGACAGCGGCGUGGACGGGGACAGCAUGUUCGAGUCGGAGCUCGUGGUGAAGAAGGAGCCACACAAGGGGUGCAUGAGCACUAUGGAGGCAGUGGCGAGGGCGCUGCGGCUGCUGGAGCCGGAGGGGAAGGGCGAGGAGAUUGAGGAGGCAAUGCUGGGGGUGCUCCGGGCGAUGGUAGCCUUCCAGGCCGAGCAUUUGCAGAACCGGACAGUGAAGCCGAGAGUCAAGAUGAGGAAGAAGAAGGAACUCAAGAGGGAGGAGCUGCAGAGCAAUGCUAGAUUGAUGUGAUCAAUGUGUCAUGGAUUCACGUUUGCUCAUGGUGGAAUUUCUCACCUUGGAGGCUAUCACCAAUUCACCAGAACCAACAGUGAAGGUUUGAUUUUCCUCAGGCCUUAACCCAACUGUUGUUUUCCAGAAGAUAUGUAAGAAAGUAUGAUGACUGAAGAUCAACUAAAAAGGCAUCCACGAUUGAGCUACUUCCAAUUCUACUAGGCGGAUCUUGAUUUGAAAUGAGAAAACCUGAACCUGACACCUCAGUUAGUCAUCGGAGUUUGAUGAGCCCAGAAAUGUGUUUGCCCUCACUACUUUCUGUACCCCUUCAGUGGCUGUUCUCGAGUCCUACAGCACUCACCUUGUGCACCAAUAGAUGAUGCACCAUUGUCAGAUGCAAACAUGUCUUACCUCAGCCUUCUAGUAGUUACCCUGACAAAGUCCAUGGAAUUUAUGCCUUUCUAAAAUCUGUAAGGAUGAUCUGGUAUUAUCUGUGGACCGCUGGAAUUUGUGUUUUUUCCUGUCAGCUGUUCACGAACUUGGGAACUGUGAAGAAUAAAAGGGCGAAAGCUGGAGAUACCACUGGUUGGGGGCAAA